CGUGCAAUUUUCUGCGAGGCGGCGGCCGCGGCGCGGACGGCGGGCGGUAAGCGAGCACAACACAGCGGGGGAGACAAAAUGACUGCUGAAGUUCGGGUGGUAGUGGUGGUGGUGACAGCCGGGCGGAACUCUUGCUGGGACAUAGUUAACAUCAGCAGAGCCGGAGCCGUGUCCCAGAAACAUGUCAAGUCCAGCGUGAAAGAAGUGGCAUGUAGUGUGCAGCCCCUAGCCCUGAGGGGAGCUGUGCACCAGCCCAACGAAUGCAAUAACGGUGAUGUGAUAGUCGGUGUUACAAAGGAGUGUGAUCCUGCUGCUGGGGAUGCUUUGUGUUUCUGUGGCCAUGAGUGCCUUGUAAAUGGUGUGUUGAAGCACAGCACCACAGGAAAGCCUAGAUUUAAGCAUCUACACAUACAAACAGAAGGACUGUAUUUUGCAGCAUUCCUCCAGGAGCUUCAAAGGUCCCUUACCUAUAGGCUACUAAUGCUGCAGCGAUGGGGCCACAUGCAUAGUAAAAAGUAUAUAAAAACUAGCACUGCCAAUAAUAUAAGAAAUGUAGUCAUCCAAGUGAAGGUACAGGACACAAUACCUCAUGUUGUGGACUAUGCAUGGGGGGAGAGAUUGUGUCGAUGUGGGCAAGAGCGCCAGCACUUAGACGCAAUGAUGUCUUGGCUCUCGACGCUGGGCGGUGCUUGUUCUGCCUUAGGGGACUACAUGGAGGCCUUUGCUGAGAGGGCCUGGGCCAUCUCCCUGCAGCAGAUGGAGAUUGCCCAACGUUUGGGGGAUCCAACCAUAGUCUCAAGGUGUCGGCUGUAUGCAUCAAUCUCUCUCAUCCAGCAGUGUAAAUUUAAGCUCGCAGCAAAAAUUGUGAAGCGUGAGUACCUGUGGGCCCACAGCUUCAUUCCUGAGGCAAGGGAUAUUCGGCUGAUCAGGAUGUGUCAUGGUAUUUGGGCCAAGCUGAGGUAUGAGAAGGAGACCUACUGCAUCAGACACACCAACCACUCCACCAGGACCAUUUAGGUACUCCAUUACUUCACCUGCCUUGUCACCCCUCCAAAAUACACCAUGUGCACACAGCUGGCCAACUUAAAGCAUGGCUAGUGUGCUUGUAGAACUGUGCCAUGCUGGAGAACUUCUGUCGGGUAACCAACACUGACCCAUUGGAACACUGAACUUUGCUCUCAAAGUGACAUAUCAUUGGGUGAAGGUUCUGCUUAGUGACUGUAAAGUGGUAGUUGUGAUGAAACACAUGGAAGAUCACCUAAUUAUACAUUAUUGAUUUAGUAUUCCUUUGCUGCCAAUGGGCAUACUUGGAUAUUCAUGUCUUUCCCCCCAAAAUUGCAUAGAUUUUCAGAUAUUCAGGCCAUACAGACUUUAUCAUACUAGGUGGUCUCUGCAUUUCUACCUUGGUAAAUAUUAAGGUGGUGAAGUGGUAGAAGUUUGUUUUUAAAUUAAUCAAUAGUGUUGCACUCAAAUGCUUAAGAUGGAAGUGUAGUCCAUUCUCGUGCUACAGCGUUGGUAAAGAAAAAUUUGGUGCAGUCUGAAUUAAUUUGUUAACAAUUGUUUUCUGCAGUAUUUCUCCUUCAAGACUUGUCAUCGAUCAUAAACAACUUGGAUUUGUACACAUUCAUAAAGCCAUUAAGUAUUUGAAACAUUUGAUCAAAGAUGUUAGCUGUGUCGAUGCCAGAGGUAGGAAAAAAAUAAUGAUUUAAAAAAAAUAAUAAAUAAAUAAAUAAAUUUGAUUUAAAUCAGAUUUUUUUAUUUAAAUUGAUUUUUUUUUAUGUAAAUGAUUUUUUUGGCAUUAACCCCUUCUCUACCACCAGUCCAAAAUGUGUACACCCACCCACAUAAAAAAAAGUUUCUCCUACACACUGCUGCAGGUAAUGUGUACCAGUGACAACAUCAUUUUAAUGGGCGUCUAUGAAGGAAACAAAAACUUCUAAUACUGCGGUAUGUGUGGUUUGGUGGUGCAUGUGGUCGCAGCCUAAAUCUCACAAACUUCAUUCCUAUUCCAUUCCCAUUCCCAUUACACUAUUUCAUGUUGGUUCUAUUAAUCCAUGAUGUUGAUUAGUGAAUUUUACCUAAUAUAUUUUGAAUUUAAUGUACCUAAUUAUGUGUAAGCUGUGAUUUCAAAGUAAAAAUAACACGGCA